GGUCAAUACUAUCCUACAAUUGCACAAAUGUUAUUUUAUAUUUGUGGACUUACAAAACUAUUUGCGGAUUAUAGAGAAUCAAACGAACAUGAGGAAGCCGUUGAUGAAAUGAUUUUCAAAUUUAAAAAGUAUUUUUUUCCUAUUCCCGAUAUUUAUUUGAUUGCUUGUAUACUUGACCCGUCUUUAAAAUUAAGAAGUGCUCAGGGACUUGUUGAAAAAAAAAAAUUUGCAGUUAGAUAUUCCUCCUAAUGAACAUCCAAAUGUUGAAGAGUGUAAACGUAGCAUAGAAUUAAAAGCUAAAAUAAUGUAUAAUAAUUAUAAAUCUGCGGAAAGUAGAAGUGGAAAUCAACGUCCUUCACAAAAAAAUAAGGCUAAAUUUGGCAAUAGAAAAUUUGAUAGAUCAAUGGAUGCUGCAUGGCUUGGUAUUGCUAAUACUCAAAAUGAAAGUGAUCUUGAAUCUUAUCUUGAUCAGAGUUUGGAAAGCAUCAUUGUGGACGACGACGACAAUGAAGAUAUUUUAGGAUGGUGGAGGGAGUGUGGCAAGGCAUUUCCAUUACUCUCAAAAAUGGCUCGAGAUAUGCUAACUAUCCAAUCCUCAUCAGUAGCUUCAGAGGCAGCUUUUAGCGCGGCAAGAUUUCAACUUGGAGACCACAGACAUUCAUUAGCACAAGAUAGCUUGGAGAUUUCUGUCUUAUUCAGGGCUUGGAUCAACGCAGAAAGAAAAAAUUGUGGGCUACCAAAAUUAACCCGUCAAGAAGAAGAAGAAUAUGAAGAGAUAAUCAACACUAAUAGCGAUGAUGGCAUGGAACUUAUGGACCGUCAAGGAGAUAUACCAAUUCGUAAUUGAAUGCAACGGAAGCGAUACGACAAUUAGAAAAAAUGUACAUAGAUCCGUACAAGUUUUAGUGUGAUAAUUUAUAAUUAACUACUUAGAUGCCUAGUUAAAACAAAACCCUUCCUAGAAGGUGGCUGUGUAGAUUAGGUGCUCUUCUUGUAUUUGAGACUUUAAUUCAAGUUUUAUGAAAUUUAAAAGAUCUAUUUUGGAUAAAUAAACAUAAAGUUCUUACUUGAAAUUAUUUUUCUUUACAUAACUACAAAUAAGAAUGCAAUUCU